AUGCCGGCAUUUGUUUGUUUAAAAAAAAAAUAACGGAUUUAAAAGUUAAAAAACGGUUUUCAUACAAAUUUUAAUAUCACAUUGCUGGUUCACUUAUUUGGUAUUGCAUAUAAUACAAAAAUAUUUGUAAAAAUACAAAUGGCGCCAUCUAGCGUUGACCCGGAGUACUAUUCGAGGACACACUUGAGCGCUUUCCCACCGAUAGCGCCACUGUCGUCUACAAAAAUAUUGUUGUUAUUCUUGGAUAAUAACAAUUAUAACUUCAGCAAGACUACCUUGACAUUUAUUUUAUUGUUGUCUAAACAUUUAUGUAUAAAAUUUAUUAGAAUAUAUUUCAAACUAGAAAUGGGAGGUAACCUUCGACGGCAGGUACUAUGCAUGUUUAAAAAACUACAUCGAACGCGAAUGAAUACUUUCAAGGGCGACGAACACGCGUUGAAAGUUGUAAGGAACAAGAUAAACGAGGAGUACAAAAAAAAUAAAAAUGUUACAAACACAGCUGCUAUUGAAGAGUUGAACAAAUUUGCACAAGAAGUAGAGCAUGAAGUACGAACAACUGUAAUUCAAGCAGUUGAAAAAGAACCUGGAAAGUUUGCGCUUAACAUUACACCUGACAUAAAGCUAAUGGAUAAUGUACCCUGCGAGGACCUUAAAAAAACUUCCUCAGAAGAUAGACCACGAAAGAAUAAUUAAAAUAAAAAAAAUUUUAAUAAUUCAAUUUUACAGUGGAUUAGAAUAGCAUUAAAAUAUAAAGAAUAAAUAUAGUAAAAAACUAGUUAUAAAUUAUUAAAUGUUUAUUUAAGUCAGAAAUGUCAAUUCAGAUGGUUUUAUUUGUAAUUUAACACUAAUAAAAUAUAUACAAUAUUGUAUGUA